AAAAGAGUUCUUCUUUGGAACUCAACAAUCAACAUAUUCAGGCUCUGACGCUCUGUUUUCCUUGGAGAUGGAUACACUGAUAGCCCAUUAUAGGCCCACAACUCUUGCCUUGGGAGCUACCAGCAGUUGCGCAGCAUCCAUUUGGAUCAAACCGUAGGCCCAUCACGAAUAUAAUAUUAUCAUUUUCGUAGUUGUUUUCUGUCUGCAAGAUUUAUUCUCUGCGUGAGUAAGAGGAAGGAAUCAACCCAAGCUUUUCCGGCGACAGGAGUGUGAUUUCUGCAUUAGCUUCAAUGGCUAACAAAUCUAAACCGAAGCCCAGAAAACUCUCUGUCUACCUCUACGUUCCCAAUCUCAUUGGUUACACGAGAAUUCUUCUGAAUUGCUAUGCAUUUGCCAUCUGCUUUUCAAGCAAAAGGCUUUUCUCUGCUCUUUAUUUUCUAAGUUUCGUUUGUGAUGCAGUGGAUGGUUGGUGUGCUCGCAAACUCAAUCAAGCUUCAACAUUUGGAGCUGUUCUUGACAUGGUCACAGACAGGAUUAGCACAGCUUGUCUUCUAGUUAUACUCUCCCAAGUUUACAGCCCUAGCUUGGUAUUCUUGUCAUUACUAGCCUUAGAUAUUUCUAGCCACUGGCUGCAAAUGUACAGUACAUUCGUAGCAGGCAAGGCAAGUCAUAAAGACGUUAAAGACAGCAGUAGUUGGCUUUUCAAGUUUUACUAUGGGAACCGGAUGUUUUUGGGUUUUUGUUGCGUGGCAUGUGAGGUUCUUUACAUAACCCUGUUUCUUCUUGCAGACAAGCAAAAUGAAAAUUUGAAGGAUGUUUUAAUGUCUACUCUAAAGCAGGGUUCUGCCCUUUCUUGUCUGGUUGGUUUAAGUUUAUUUGGAUGGUCAAUUAAGCAGGUUGUUAAUGUUAUACAGAUGAAGACUGCUGCAGAUGUGUGCGUGUUUUAUGACAUGGAGAAAAAGCAGUAGCUGUGAUUGAUAUCAAUCUUCUCUACCUUGGGGUGACAUCCUAGUUUUUGUCCAAACUGCCUAAUUUUUGGAUUGCUUUUACCUCUUUCUUCUAGCGGUUAACUUAACAUUUCGUUUUAAAUAUUGUUUCUUGUUUGUAAUUGUAAUCUGCUUGUGAGCUGUAAGAAACUAUGAAUGUAAUAAUCACACUAAUUUUCUCAAAAGUUAGACAAAGGCAGGAAAUUUCCUUGUUAUGCCCUCAUCUUUGUGAACUAAACUAGGAAAAAUGGUUUAAUGCCAUAAUCUGACAUUGAAUUCGCCAUGGAUGUGCAUGUGCCUGUAUAGCUGUGAAGGUGGUGCAAGAGAGUUCAUUUCUUCUGAGUUUU